AUGUACGGAAUGCUUCUGGAAAGUGUCCAGUAUUUCCUUACGGAAAAAUUCGGUGAGGCAAAAUGGAAUGAGAUUCGAGAGCGUGCUGGAAUAUGCGAUCAUAUGUUUAUCACACAUAAGCGAUACAGUGAGAGCUUCAUGAAGAAAAUUGCCGACUCCGCCGCCGAAAUCCUCGGAGAAGAGACAGACAUGCUAAGCGACGAUUUUAUGCAGUAUUUUGGCACUUGCUUCGUGAAGUUCUUUAGUCACUAUGGAUACGAUCGUGUCAUCAAAGUAAGCGGCCGCUAUCUGCGGGAUUUUCUAAUAGGAAUUGACAACUUGCACGAACAUAUGCGUUUUGGAUACCCAAAGCUUCAGUCACCGAGUUUCUUCUGUGAAGAGGAAACAAGUUCUGGGCUAAUUUUGCACUACAUUUCCAAAAGGAAGGGGUUUAUGUUCUACGUUGUUGGUCAAAUCAAAGAAAUCGCGUCUCAGUUUUAUAACAUGGACGUAGAUGUUAAAGUUCUAAGCAACGAAGUCGUCAACAAUACAACUCACGUUGUCUACCGCUUGGGUUUUGAUAAUACCGGGUAUAAACCUCCGGCUCCAGACUUUUUGUCAGUUCAGAGCAAGCAAGGAAUCAAUGUGGAGAUAUUUUUCAGUAUAUUUCCUUUCAGUUUUGCCUUGUCUUACGAUAUGACAAUCAAUAUGGCUGGACACGGAAUUAUAUCUACAGUGGGAAAUCGUAUCAUCGGCAAUGACAUCAGAGAGCUGUUCAGUAUGAGAAGACCAAAAGCCGAAUUCACUUGGGAAACGGUACGUAAUAAUGGUGUCUAGUAUAUAAACUCCAUUGAUAUACAACGUUAGCUUUUGCAAAAACAUGAUCAAAAUCAAUCAUUUUUGAUAGAAUUUAACUAACUUUAACUAAAAAUUUCAUUCGAUGGACAAAGAAACUAAGCUUCAGAAUCUCCUCAAAUAUUUUAACAACUUAGUUAAAACUAAAUGAUGAAUUAAUAAAUAGAUAGAUUAAUAAUUAAUUAAUAAUGAUUUAGGAGUAUCACUCUCGUUUUUGAGGAAAAUGGGAAACCUGUCAGCCCAGAGGAAAUUCCUCGCGGUAAGGGUCAAAACCAACGGCAAACUCAAUUCUCACAUAGCAUUACCUCUGAGAUCAUCUCACCGGCCUAGUCAAACACGACCACCCCUAGACUCCCGCCCAGUCAGCUUGGGUGAAGGAGCGCCGGUCUGCUGAGCGUGAGUUCAAACCCUGGCCGGACGUACUACUAACCAAGGUCUUUAAAACAAACUCACAGGUGAGAUCAUGCUAGCCGUGAUUAAAAAACCCGUUAUCAGUUCAGAUGAUCACGUCAUAAUGAGUUGAGCCGGCGUUGGCCUUGUCUCUUUCAUCCGUGCAUUAGUUGGAAGGGGAUAUUAACAACCUGUGACAUUCUUCGACAAGAGCUAAGGGGACGUAGGCCCUGGUGUGGCAAUCUAUCUGACUUCUGCCGUCAUUGGUCUGGAUGGGCAAAGUGAGAUCAAACAUGGACUGAAGCGGCUGCAUAGUGCGCUUUUACAUGCUUGCGUCCGAUCUCUCCUCUCCGGUUUUUUCGUAGUUCAGCCAUUGGCUGCAAGUGAGGAAAAUUGGCAACCCGUUAUUAUUAACAAAAAGAAAGCAGAGCCACGACAUUUUCUUUAGAAAUUAGCUCUUCUGGAAACAAACCAAACAUGCAGGUUGAUUUUAAAGGUCACAUGGGUACUACUGAUGUAUUCAGUACACUACUGGCCAGCAUCACUGUCACACGUGAUAGAUUUCUGUGUCUGUUAAUCAGAAACCUUAAACGUUUACUGUACCGGCUGGUCACCACAGAUCAAACAACUGAGCUGGUCAUAGACAAUUGCCAAACCUAAAUUGAUGGGUCAAAGUGUACGCACAGGGUCGUGAGUCUACUUGUCAUUUAGUUGAGACAGAAAACCGUAUUCUUCCAGAGCUAACUGCUUGCUGAAUUUUUCACUCUCUGAUAGUUCGCGACAAGGCACGUGGUUUUUGAGUUGAUCUGUACGCUGCCAACUUUACGUCGUCCCACCAUCGCCAACUUCAACUUCAACCAGUUAUCACUGGACUUCCAAAACGGAAUUACCGACACGUGUCCGCUGUUUGUCUCUAAAGAAAAUGAAAAUCAAGCGCUGAAAAUACUCCACAAACCACAGCUACACCUACGGGGAAUCAUGAAGUACAUACGCUCAUGGAAUAAAAUGCUCUAUAUCUGCUCUCCAUUGUAUGUAAUUUAAUUCUUAUCUCUUUUUUAAGCAUCACUUUUUUUUUAUUUUUUGGUAUUAUCUAUUUCGUUGGUAUUGCACGGUUUUAUUUUUUUGUUUCUCGCUUGGUUUGCUCGAUUGAUAGUCAAAGAACACUUGUGUUUUGAGCGAGAGGCGAGUGCAUUUUCCAACCCCAUUACACGGAGUUAUGAGAGAUUGCGUUUCUCUUUCUGGCAAUUCAAACUGGCAAGGAUUAGCUAGGGCCUGGGCGCUAAUGUUGAGGAAGAGUGAGACUAGUUACUAAUCCGGUCCAUUAGUUGACGUCUGUGUUUUGGUGCUUAACUAACUGCAGCCUUCCGUAGAUAUAUAUUCAGUUCACUUUGCUGAAUAAAAAUAACAAUAAAAAUAACAAGUUAUUUUAAAGACGGUUCCUUUAAGCACCAACAAAGUUGCAAACUUAACGUGUCUAGUUCGAAGUUGAAGUUGUUAGGUUAUAUUAUAUUUUCCGUAGAAUCGGAGGUGUUGAAGAAAUGAUGCGCAUCGGUCUGUACAUGAACGAUUUGGGUUUGCACGACACGUCACGCGAGAUGGUGCUCUCUGGAAUAAAACCACUGCCCCAGCUAGAGAUGGCUAGGGACCAGGUAUUGGAACUUCCCGAAAAGUACAUGAUUAAACUGAUAUUGGUCUUUAGAUGAGACCAAUUGAUUAAGAUAAUUCUAAACUCUAAACUGUGUCACCCUUUCCCCCCUGAGAAACGUUCCACAAAAUAGACCCUCCCACGGUUUAUUCGGCUCAAUUCAAUGCAAUUCAAUUUCAAUUCAAUUUUAUUAGUCACACUUUAUAGAAUAUUUACAUUAUAUAUAGUAAGGUAGGAAUACAAUAAUAAAGGAGAAGAAGAAGGGGAAAAAAAAAAAGAAAAUUAAUGGCUUGGGCAGAAGUGUAAGGUGGUCAGAGGAGCUUAGCUUUCGAUCUAACCACCGAGCUAUUCAACUUUAACAUGGACCAAGUUAGGGAAAAUCCGUCGACAUCACUAGAAAGAGCGCCUUAAAAUCGGUUAAACUGCCAAAUUUAAAAGUGAAACGUCUUAAACGAGCGAAGAUAUAGCUCCACAGAAUUUACAGACUUUUGUAUUUUGAGGGACACGUUUGCGCUCCCCCGUACAAACGUCUCUAAAAUUUCGCGAUUUUGAGGAGCUACAUCUUCGUUAGUUUUUUUUCAACAAAUCACUUCAAACUUGGCAGUUUUACUAAUUUUAAGAUAUUUUUUCCUGUGGUGUCGACAGAUUUUUUCUACCUUAUCCAUGUCAAAAGUUGAAAAAAAUGUCAAAGGCACGUCUAUUAAAUACGAACAAGUAAAGGAUCAAAGAAAGGCUGAUGACGUUUUGUGACGUAAAACGAUUUCCUCAGCCUUCAAUUCCGAUUCUGACCAUUACUUUGUGUUUUGUGGAAUUAGGCAAUGUAUUUGUCUGUAAUAAAGGUAUUGCGAAGCAAAUGAGGAUUGUGAAGAUGAUUGAGGAGUUUUUGACAAAGACAAUUCUUCGUAUUUGCCUACAUUAGUUAUUCUGACUACAAUCUUAUCAAUUCAUUCUAAUUUAUUCUUGCGAAUGGCAGUCAAUUUGGCCGGGCGAUAAGGAAGGAUAGCGAGAGAAAUAUACAUACUUGAAGACAAAAAAUAGGUUAGCAAUAUAUUUGACCAGUUAAAAUUUCGGAUACACAUUUUACGCAUAUUCAAGAAUUAAAAACGAUAAAAAAAAUCGUGUCCGAUUCACUUCAUCACUACUGAUAAAAUAUCGCCGUCACGGAAACGGAUCUUUGAUUGGUCAAUUGGCCUCCUGAGCAUCUUGGAUUUACUUUAACAACUGAAUAAUAUAAACACAGAUCAUGUUCAGGACGAUAUUUUUUCAUCUAAUACCAUCUAUUAGUAUCAUUCUGAGUAGAAAUUUGGAGAAUAGAGUAAAGUGUGAUAAGGGCACAUCAAGUGCACAAGAGCCGAGACUCUGAAAAGUUAAUGACCUACGACCCUUUUUCUUCGACCAGGAAUUCGACAAAGGAAAGGCUUUAGAGGAAAACAUGGAAAAGUUGGCGUUGGAGAGAAAACGAAGCGAAGAGUUGCUUUAUAGAAUGAUGCCAAAAGCUAUCGCCGAUAGAUUGACACUUGGUGGUAAGGCUGUGGAAACCUGUGAGGUAUGUUGUAUAGGGGAGGGCUGUGUCACAAAAAUUAAUCAAAAUUCAAACAGUGGGAACCCCCGUCAAGUUAAGUGGAAAAUAAUAUAUAGAUUUAGCCAGGGCUAAAAGCGAAGCUCGGGUUAAUAAUACGUGUAAACAAAAAAAAUUUAAUAAUGUAACUCCGCUAAACGGGGAAGACAAUGAAAAUGCGUCAAGACUAAUAGAUCUAAUUAGCAAAAAAACAAAUUGCGCGCGCAGCACACUUUUUCUUCUAAUUAGCAAAAAACAAAUUGCACGUGCAGCACGAUUUUUUGUCUUUCCCUUGCCGUUGUUUUGCACGACUACAACGCUGUUUUGUACGACUAAAACGUCAAACUUCCCAGUUACCCAUUAUUUUUAUGGAGGAAUUGUCGUAUGUGCUUACUCAAUAUUUUGUUUCCUGUGUUCAUGUUCGCUUUUAUUUUUCACUGCCGCUCAUUUUCACCUUGCUGGCCGCUAACAUUUCUCAUUUUCUCACCGCCGCUUUGUAUUUCCAUGUUUUUCUUCCAGUACGAAAUUCGUCUCCCUUAUUUUUAAUAACUCGCUCUAGCUCUCUCUCUGUUAUCCACGUUAGUGUAAACAUAAAAAUUAACGCCGAAAAAGGCACGAUUUCGUUGUUGUUUUUUCUUUCUAAAAGUCCGGGCGGCCAUGUGAUUUCCUUCCAAAUAAAACCUUGAGUUGCAUUUGGGCUGCCAUACCUGUUGAUUGAGUUAUUUUGCAUUGGUAUGCCUGUGGUGCGGACGGACGAGUUUGACUAAUAGUCGCGGGUCGCGGGUCGCGGGUCGCGGGUCGCGGGUCCAAUGUCGCGGUCGCGGGUCCAAAGUCGCGGUCGCGGGUCCAAUGUCGCGGUCGCGGGUCCAAUGUCGCGGCGGGGGAAAAUGAUUUGGAGUUCGAGAUAACUGAGUGAAAACGAGUGAUAUGAAAAAAAUAUAAAGGGCAAAAAAUCGUUUUUAUGCAUGAUACUCUACGGUAGCCAAUUUACGGGUUACGGAUGUUAGAAUCAACAAAAUAAAGAAGACCUAAAAGAAAAAGCUGGCCGACUUUUCUGUUCACCGCAAGUUCAUUUUGUUUUCUUUCUAUCGGGCCCAGUUAUUUAUAAAUUCAGCUUUGAAUGUACUUAUGCAUAACAGUAUCUGAUAAAAAAUGUUACCAUGAGUUACCAUUGUUUUCGUCUUGUCUAGGAAUUGUUCACAAAUUCUUAGCAGUGCAUUCACUUAAAAAUGUGCGAUACACUUCAUAGACUAUAAAUUAUAAACGUUACAACAACUUAAAACCUUUUUUAAAAAAGGCUAACUCGGGCUCAAAAAGCUACGAGUCUGUCGGUAGAAGAAACGAGAACUGUUUCAAUUUUAACAAAUGUUUUCGGCAAAAAUAUAGAAAACGCUUGUUGAAAAACUUCCUUGUCGCAAAAUCCCAAAAUAAACUCUUUGCACAAGUAACUGGAAAGAGAAGGAGAGACGUUGGGCUUGAAGUGCCAGUAAAGUACAUUCAAGUGGGUAUUCAAGGCAUGAAUUUAAUAUAGAAACAAGUAAUAAUCCACAGCAAGAGGGGAUAAAGCUCGAGCUUUAUCCUCUCUUGUUCACAGAAAGGAGUUUGUUCCCACUAAUUAUAACGAUUGAAAUCCGGAAUCCAAGUUCUACCAAGAGAGAAUAGAUCAUAGUCUCUUGGUUCUACUGACAAAGACUUGAAUCCAGUACCUGGAAUCUGGAAUUACUUACCUAAUUUAUUGUCUUUUCUUAGCUCUGAUGGAGUUGAUAACUUACCGUUUUCAGUGUCUGGUUUACUUUCUUUUUCAGCUUCAUGAUUUUUCAGCUUCACUUAGUUAUUUACGAUGCAUGUUUUCAAGAUUUGACUGAGACGCACAUUGAAUGGCUUCCUAUUGUCAGGUUGUCCUGGUUGUCAUUUAGGUGAAGAGAACAAGAAGUUAUAUUGAACACUCUGGAUUGCCGUCUCAGUUGUAAAAAUAAAAGCAUUAAGCAAAAAUCAUGCUUCGAGGAACAGACUCCUUUCUGUGGAUUAUUACUUGUUUCCAUAUUAAAUUCAUGCCUUGAAUACCGCUUGAAUGAAGUUCAUGCGCCUAUUUACAUUUUCUUUCAGUUUUACUGAAAGCAUUUGUUAAAUAUAAGAGUUCUCGUUUCUUAUACCGACAGACUCGUAGCUUUUUGAGCCCGAGUUCGCUUUUUUUAAAAAAAGGCUUUAGGUUGUUGUAACGUUUAUAAUCUGUAGUCUAUGAAGUGUAUCGCAUAUUUUUCAGUAAAUGAACCCCUAAGCAUUUGUGAGCAAUUCAUCGACAAGAAGAAAGCAAUGGUAACUUAUAGUAACUUUUUUAUCAGAUACUGUUAUGCAUAAGUAUAUUCAAAGCUGAAUUUACACAUAACUGGGCCCGACAGAAAGAAAAACAAAAUAAACUUGCGGUGAACACAAAAGUCGGCCAGCUUUUUCUUUUAGAUCUUUUCUUGAGACAUUAUUUUGUUGACUCUGACAUCCGUAACCUGUAAAUUGGCUACCGUAGAGUAUCGUGCAUAAAAAAGAUUUUUUCCCUUUAUAUUGUGUUCAUAUCAGUCAUUUUUACUCAGCUGUUACCUCUAACCCCAAAUCAUUUUCCCCUGCCGCGACAUUGGACCCGCGACCGCGACUUUGGACCCGCGACCGCGACUUUGGACCCGCGACCGCGACUUUGAAUCCGCGAACCGCGACCCGCGACUAUUAGUCAAACUCCGGACGGACGGUCGGACGGUCGGGCGGUCGGUGUACCGUCACGUGAUUACUAAAUUUUCUCGGAUGGGUAGAUUACCACAUUUCCUUAGCUAUGGGGCUCCGCGCGUGGAGCUCCGCUAAAAACAACUGCUAAAAAUAUGAAAAGAACGUAUAAAUAACUCAGAGAACAUUAAAGACGGUACGGUUGUACAAUCUUGAACAAGACUGAAACAAAAAAAAAAAAUUGUUAACCUUGCUAACAGUUCUUGCUUUUUUGUUUUUUUUGUUUUUUUAACUUUUGAUGUGAUGUUUGGGAGACAUGUUUGUUUGACACGAAGCCAUUAGCAAGUUAUUUUUCAAGUUCCAUGGCGAAUAAAGAUGCGUAACAAGCAGUGAUUAUUAACAAAAUGAACUGGUCAGUUGUGACAGUGUUACAUUUCAGACGUGACAAAAUACCCCAAUAACGGCCUUCAAGUAAUGGACUGCUUCAAUAUUAACAAUUGCAAAAGCAAAAUUGUUGGAAUUAUAAUUGUAGCACGGUUCACAGGGUUGAUUAAUAAAAAUGACGCUAUUGAUUACUUUACUUUGAAUUGCAGAAUUUUGAAAGUGUCACUGUUAUGUUCAGCUACCUGGAUGGCUUUGUCACCAUUUGCUCACAGGUCGGAGCUAUGGAAAUUGUGAACCUGGUCAACAACAUGUUUACCAUUUUCGACAAACUGACUGAGAAGCAUGAUGUUUAUAAGGUAAUAAAGUAAAAAGAGGGGAAGUCUUAAACCAAUUUUAUUUCAAGACUGAAAAACUUGGUUUCCUUGGUUAGCUGGGAAAGCACUUUAGGCCAAAGGAAAGAUGGGUAUCUGUGAGAAGCUGCAGCCAAACUUCUAACUGAAAAAGAUGAUAAUGAAACAAAAAUUAUGCUUCAAACUUCAUAUCUAAGUUUAACGGCAAUAGUCAGGGUCUCUAGAUUUCCUUAAACCACCUCCAAUUCUCCUCCCGACUCCCUUUUUUUUUUCCACCACAUUCGCUACAUAUACUCAGGAGAUUGGGGGAAGGGUGGUUUUUUCCAAUCGAUAGUUUGGUUAUUGGCAAAGGUACCAUAGCUGUGGACUGUAGAUAACUGGUUAACGAAUUAAAUGAGAGAAAUUUUAGAAAUGGACCAAUAAAUGAGCGAGUCCCAGUUCUUCUUGCACUAACACCCCCAACACUAAGACGUAGAUUCCAAGGGAAUGAAUAGCAGAAACACAAAAAAGGUAUUAUUUUUAGCAAUUUUAUCGAGAAAAGGUGGUACAGCUUGAAAGCCGAUUUAGCCCUAACUUUUUUCGAUGUUUCAUGAGGAAAUAAGACAACCAUUACAUAGAUUCGACUUAGAAUAUACAAAAUAUAUCAUAGAUGAGAACUGCGGAUGAAAAUGGGGAAGUGGAUAAUAUUAAUCCCCAGAGUUAAAUGGACAAACAAAGGGGCUGAAUAGAACCCAAUCAAUUUUAAGGUUUAAUUACACUUAUAAAAUAAAGUACUCCUUAAUAAAACAGGAACAUCGAAGACAUGCUAAGGAUGCUUUGGCGUAUGCCGUGACAAAACCUGUCUGUAUGUUCUCCUCAGUUCCCCCCUUCUUAAUCACAAUACCCUUUUAGGUCUCAAAAACACUGAAUUAACAUGGGUAAACAGCAUAAGUAAAUACGUGAAAAAAAAAAAAAACAAGAGUUCCAAUCAGUCGGAGGCGAGCCAGCUGUCUAUUUACGCGUGGCUGGCCGAAUAGGUGAACCCGAGACUCUGACGGAAAACAUAUUAUUCCAGCUAAAGGCCAGGGCAGCUUGAAUUCGAAGUUUGAAGUCAAGCCCAAACGCCCCACUAUGCUGCCUCCUAAAUGGUGAUUGACUGAUAUUCACUAAAUCAUGUUUUGAUUACAGUUUGAAACCUUAGGUGACGCAAUGUACAUGACUGUUAGUGGUGCGCCAGUGAAGACGACGCGUCAUGCGGAAGCAGUCUCAGCAAUGGCACUCGACAUGCUAGAGGGCGUCGAGCUUAUCAAAAAUCCCGCCAAUAAAAAGCCUAUGACAGUCUCGAUUGGUAAGAGUCAACCUCCUGUAGAGUUUUUCAGUUAAAGUUGAAGUUGCAAAACCCAUCUGACUAUUAAUGAUUGCCCUACUGAACCAUGACAAAAACAAACAAUUUGACGGGUAAUCAAGAAACGUAACUCCCGCUUGUUAGAUUGUUUUGUUUGUUUGUUUGUUUGUUUGUUUCUGUUUCUGUUUCUACAAUCUGUGCAAAACAAUGGCGUGGUUUGAGGUCAUCCCCCGUGGUCCUUAGUAGGCAAAAGUAGCGCCUUGUGCUUAUGUGAUUCUAGGAGCUUGAAACUACCCUAGACUGGCUGAUAAUGCUAAGUAAAUGAGCGAUAACCGAUGCGUGGACACAGGUGGUCAGGGGAGGAAACCAACAGAAAAGUGAAAAGAUUGCGAAACUAUCACAAUCAAUGUAGAACCAGGAUGUAAUUUAAUUAUCCCUAAGAUAUUUCACUUAUCCCUUAUCCCAAAAGUUUUUAUUUUAUCAAUUAUUCCCUAUCCGUUAAUUUAUUUGUCCAGUUAUCCCAUAUCCGUAAAACCCCCAACAGGGCCUAAAAUGUGGCAUGUAAGAAUUAAAAACAUCGUGCUGUGUAGCGUCGAAUAAAAAAAAAGGAAAGAAAAGCAUUGGAAAGAAAAAUAAUUGUGAUUGAUUAAAAAUGUACCCAAAAUAAUCUAGAUAUCUUGAGUGAGACAUCCUGGCCAUUUUUGGUCAUUUCCGUAAACUCAAAACGGUAAUAUUUGUGGCCUCACAAAGCAUUUUGCAAUAUGUGAGACAGUGAGUAUUGGAAGCUUGGUGUUCUUAUUACAAUCAAGGUCAUUUUUUUCAUCUUUCAUCCUCCCAAUCAGGCAUACACACGGGUCCUGUGGCGGCGGGAUUAGUUGGUGAAAAGACACCUCAGUACUGCUUAUUUGGGGACACAGUUAACAUAGCUUCUCGGCUCAGGACAACAUCACUGGUAUGGUAUAUCAUCAUCAUCAUCAUCAUCAUCAUCAUCAACCAUCAUCAUCAACCAUCAUCAUUAUGAAAAGCGCAAGACUCGAUUGCCACAGAUAUUCUUUUUUAAAUUAGAAUAGUUUCAAAAUGGAACGAUUUACCAAGAGAUAGUAGGGGAUGAAUAGCCUUCAUCAUUUUAAGCAUAAGCUUCAUCAUUAUCUAUUUAAUAAACUUUAAACAAGAACUGUUCUUUAAUUAAGGCCUUCAUUUUUAAAUACUUGUAUUGUAUUUGAUUUUUUAUUUAGUAUUUUCUAAUUCUGUUUCGGAAUUCUAAUACAGGACUAACCUCUCAACUCCCUUCUCAAGAUGUCUUCUAUGUUUAUCCUGUAAAUAAGCUUGUUUGCAUCUUGAAAAAAGUCAGUAUGUUAUAGGUUAUGUAAUGUUAUCGCCAUGAGUUAUCACUGAUACUAUCUCUAACUAUCUAACUAACUCCAUUUUGAGCAGUAACCCUUGCCUCACACCACAAAAGUCCUUUCUUCUCAACUUUUAACAUCUUUGUCCGCCUCAGCUCUUGAGGACAUGUACGUCUGGUCUUUCAGAGAGUGGCCAGCCAUCGCCAUGUUCCUUAUCUUAUCUCCUCCUCCAUUAGCUGCUGUCCUACCAGUCUCCACAAAAAAUCAACAGGAUGUGCAUAAGUUUUUGUUGAUAAAUUCCUGCAACUUUUGCUUUAGCUGCAUCGGUCAAUCUCCAGGUUUCGGCACCGUAUAAGAGCACGGCCUUCAAAUUUGUCUCGAGAAAUCACGACUUCGUUCUCGUUCUCAGUGAUGUCGACCGCCAUAUCAGCGGUCACCACGGCAUCGCGAACCCCUACCUCGCCUUCCCAAUACGUGCUUGGAUGUCCUCCCCAGUUUCCCUUUUCUUACUCAAAUUACUCCCAAGGUACACUUGAAGUCUACCUCCUAAAUCUGCUCUCCUGCAAUUACCAAACCAUCCCCCUGUUUGGAACCAACAAAAAUUAGCUUAGAAAGGAUUAUUUUGCGAUUGCAUUUUACAAGUUCGAAGAAAGUACAAACUUUGACACAAACUUAUAAACGCAAAUAAAAAGUGCGAAUCAUGUCGGUCAUGUUAUAAAAUGCAGGUAUUUUUAACGGUUUUGUAAUUCACAUUACUAUAAGCUGGCAUUAAUAUUUACAUUUGUGAUCUUUAUAUAUUCACGUACGUUCGCCCCAACUUUCUUCUCUACCAAGCUGUACAUCAUAGAUACAGUAUACGAGAGAAACAUACACUCAUUUUAAUUGCUGGAAAUUUACUCUUUGAGAUAAGGCUUCUUGAAGCUCGUUUUUUUUUUCUUUUUUCUCAGCCAAUGAGAGUGCACAUAAGUGCAGCAACAAAUCGAUGUUUGGAAAAUACAGAUUUUGUCACUGAGAAAAGAGGAAUGGUGGAGCUUAAGGUAUAGUGCAAACAUUUGUGUUAUAUCUUGCCUAUCCAGCAUGUAUAACAUUUAAUGUCUAAUUAUUUACUGAAGAAAACUUUAAUGUGUUAUCGUAUUUAUUUUGGUUCAUGUGUUUUCCAUGUUCUUUUUGUAAACAGGGAAAAGGCAAGACCCAAACUUUCUGGUUGACAGAGAAGAAACUGAACUGA